AUGCCAUCUAUGAAAGUGGAAGGUGACAGUGACGGUGAUGGAGAUAUGUCUGGAGGUGAUACUGAGAGAUCUGGGGGAUCUUCCCGAGGGCCUGAUAGGGACUCCAGCGCUGAGGAAGCUGACGAGCCCGACUCCGAUGACUCCUCAGAGAUGGACGAGAGUGAAUGCGAGAGGCGCAGGAACGAAUGCUUGGAUAAUUUAGCCAAUCUGGAGCGUCAAUUCGCAGUUCUCAGAGAGCAGCUGUAUUGUGAGCGUGUGAAGCAUGUGGAAUAUCAGCUUGCUGAAGUGCGUGGUGGUCGCUCUCAGGAGUACCAAGGACCGCUCCGAAGAUUACAAGAGAAUAUGAGGAUUAGAAUCGAAGUUGCCGGAGUAUUGAAGCAGAUGCGUAUAGAGAAUAUAAAACACAUAUACGAAGCUGAGGAACAGGCGGCUCACCAGAAUUUUAAGUUGAAUGGAAGCCCAUGCGGGGUUUUGGGAUUGACUCGACCGCGGCAGAAUAACAUAAGGGGGGCAACCUUCCAUCUUGUGAAGUACUACCACCAUACCUGA